AUGAAGGGCACAGUUCUCGCAACCUUUCUCGCCGCCUUCUCGGCUGGCGCCUUAGCCCACAAAGGCGGCUAUGAUAGCCCUACUGAAACCACUGGUGGCCAAUCCGGAGGAAAGACCGGCGGCAAAUCUGGUGGCGGCGGUGGAUUCGGACUCCCUGGCUCCGGCAGCGGCAGCCGCAGCGGCAGCGGUGGUCUCAGCGGCAUUCUUCCCACUGGGCUACCCAUCGGAGGCGGCAGUGGAGGUGGAAUUGGCGGCCUCCCAGGCGGCAUUGGUGGUGGUAGCGGUGGUAGCGGUGGUCUCAGUGGCCUUCUCCCCACCGGACUGCCCAUCGGAGGAAGUAGCGGAGGAGGUAGCGCAGGUGGCAUUGGUGACAUCCUUGGCGGUGGCAAAGGAAAUGUCCUCCCUACCGGGCUUCCGAUCGGCGGUGGUAGCGAUGGAGAAUACGGAGGUGGUGGCAGCGGCAGUGGCAGUGGCGCCGGCGGUAUUGGUGGUAUCCUGCCUACUGGCCUUCUCGGUGGCGGUGGAGGAGGUCUCGGUGGUCUUCCUGGCGCCGGCGGCAGCGGCAGCGGCGGCAUUGGAGGUAUUCUUCCUACCGGUCUUCCCCUUGGCGGCGGAAGCGGCCUUGGAGGUCUCCCAGGUGGAAGCGGCAGUGGCAGUGGUAGCGGCGGCAUUGGAGGCAUUCUCCCCACCGGCCUCCCUGGUGGUGGUGAGGGCGGUAUUGGCGGUCUCCUGGGAGGUGGCGGUGAUAAGGGCCUCGUUCUUCCUACUGGCGGAGGCGAGGGAGGCAUCGGUGGCCUUCUUGGUGGUGGAAAUGGCGGCAUUGGCGGUGCCCUUCCUACCGGCCUUCCUAUCCCGGGUAUUGGCGGCAGUGGUAGCGAAAGCGGAAGCGGAAGCGGCGGCCUCCCCAUUCCCGGCAUCGGAGGCAGCGGUAACGGAGGAAGUGGGGGGAUCGGCGGCAUCAUCCCCACUGGCCUCCCCAUUCCCGGAAUCAGCGGCAGCGGAAGCGGCAGCUCUCCCUCCGGCUUCGAGACCCGGAUCCGCACCACCACUGACAGCGGUGAUGGUUAUAAUGCUCCCACUGCUACCCCGGCCCCUGAGGAUUGGUAA